UCUUUCAGAGAGCUACCACUGUGGCAAGUGAGACGGAUGGUAAAGAACUGAACGAAGGUUGCAGUAACCCUCAGAAUCACAAUCCAAACGAACCCAGAUCCUUCUCGAAGGCAGUAACCAUGGAGACCAGUGAACAAACGGAGAUGACCAGCGUAAUUGCCUAUGAAAAGGAACUCUCGCUCACUGACUCACCUGAAAACAAAAAGGGCUUAGGAGGAACAGAAGAGGAACAAGUCUGUUUAGAGGCUGACUCACUAGAAUCCAUAGGAAAGAAAGCGCUGUUCGAAAUUCUAGCAGAUUUACCGGCUAGCAUGAUCGAUGAGCUUGACGGCUUAGGAAACGUGCUCUGCACAGGUAACCCAUUUCGAAAGGAGGCUUUGUCUGGCCAUGAAGAACUCAACCGCAAUGAAUCCAUCACUUCGUCUGUCUCUGACACACCGUCCAGUGCUGACAGUGUGUAUGAGAAUGAAGCUCAUCGUAAGAGACAGGACACCCAAGAACUAGAACAGCCUGAAGAUACUGUGUCCAACCCAGAGGAUGGUGAAGAUGCUGAGGAUAAAGACACAAAAGAGAUUCAAUAUGGCCCAUUAGAAAACCCAAUCAGUGAUGUCCCAGAGGAGUCUUUACUAGAACAGUACAUCAGAGAGGAGGUUCUGUCGGAUGUCUCCAACGAGUCCUGUCAUGGUCUGGACCCAGACGAGGUGGAUGAAUGCCUGUGUGUUGAGAUAGCAGAGGCCUCCUCAGAUGAUGAGAGUGAAGAUGGAGCAAAUAAAUGGAGGGCGAUAUUUUCCUCCUCGAUCAACCACGAGGACGAUGAUGACUAUCUGGAUAGCCUCCAACUGAGCGCACAGGAUCUCUUUGUCCAAAAGGUUGAAGUGCAAAAUGUUGACAACCACGACGAUAACGAGGAGGAAGUUCAAGUGGAGAUACCAAGGGAAGAGGAAGUGGAGGUGUUGGAGCAACCAGAUUACCUUACUGGUAUUGCACAGGAAGUGACAUACAACCCUGCAGCACUGCUCCAAAGCCUGUCCAAAAUCUCUGAAGACGAGGAGGGAAAUGGCAACGGUUCAAGGCACAAUACAUCUUGCAAGGCAGAUCCCAACAAGAAGCUUCCGAAGGACUUCUGCGUUAUCCAGGAGACCAAGAGUGAGAACGUCAGCACAGAGCACGUGGACUUCCAGCUGGCCCGGAAACAGUGGAGGGAGAUGGAAGAGCAGACCAAGAACCUGGUGCUGUCACCCACCACAAAGCAGGGUGGGCCCCUCACGGGCAGCCACAGCUUCAUGUACACCCCGGUCAGGAACAUUGACAGGCCCAAGACGAGAGAUACGAGUCUGGAGAAUUUGGCUCUGGGUGGAGGUGAGUAUACCCACACCCAGUUCAGCCCCUGCUCAGAGGACUCAGGCCUGGGCGAUUCCAGCUACAGGUCCCCUUAUGAAGAAUUCCCAGAGACCUCCACCGAGAGGGAGAUCCGCCUGGCCAUGGAGAGAGAAGACAACUUUAAGCGGGACAGGGGUUUCUCCAAUGGGACGAAACCUACAGAAUGUGCCCAGACAAAUGCCAGGCCAGUCAUCUUGCUCCCAGCGAAGCUAUGUCAGGAGGUUAACGAAAAGAGGAAGACGUUUGAGAGUUUGGAGGAUGGCGGCUGCAAAAUACCCAGAUCCAAAACUACUCCAUCAUUCAUUAUUACGUCUUCACCAGCUAAGGGGCCACUGAAACACGAUCUGCCUACCAACAGCAUCAUUAUACUAGAACCAGAAGGAAGUCCAAGACAUGGCGCCAGAGACACCUCCAGAGCUAAUGAGUGGCACUCGGACGAGACCUCCAACGCCAACUUUAUCAUCCUGGAGACAUCCAACCUGAUCAUCAGGAGCGCCUCAGAGUUCUGCCUGAACACGGCCUGCGAGCAGCAGGGCCAGGAAUGCUCCUCAACGUUCCUCAACAACCCCUUCUUCAAGCUGCGCUCCAGGAGCCAGCUGUCGUUGGUGGACGAGGAGAUCAAGAUGGUGAAACAGCGCGAAGAGGAGCUCAAGAGAGAAAGAGCGAACAUCUAUCCGAAGGGGAGGUACAACAACACAGGCCUGGUGGCCGAGAAUCUCAUGGACAGCUUGUCAUUUGAAGGUAAAUUUAUACAAAGUUUGUCUCAUAUAUUUGGUCAGGAAGAACUUCUGACCCCACUCAUAAACUAAGCCGGAACAUAUUGUGCUUUUGUCUAUGAAUAUCAACCAAUUGAAAACAUUGUUCUUGACUAAUUUUCAGGUGAUGCGCCACUGAAGUGUAAGUCUUCGCCAUCAUCGCCAAUGAAAACUGCAUUCAAGAUGGAUCGCUCAGCCCUAUCCUGUGAUCACAGAGUAAGUGAACCAAUAUUGUGUUGUGUUAUCAUGCAACUACUGUAGUCGAGUGUCAAUAUUGCAUUUGAUGUAAAGCAUGAAUAUCAUUGAAAGAAAGCCACAGGCGCUUUAAUCAGGCGAUUGUCUCUCAGUUUCCUGAGGUGUACGGAGCCGGAGGAAGGCGUAAGAGUGCCUUGGCGCUGCGCUGGGAGGCUGGGGAGUUUGCCGAGUGAAGAUAAGAACAACAGGGUACUACCCGCAGUCGCUGGUGAAAAUAUUGUCUGUACACUUUCAGCUGAGUUAAUAGACUUAAUGCAGUGCUACAAACUCAUGUUUGUUUCAUGUUGCAACAUUUAACCACACUUGCUGCUUCUGUAAUGUUAUCGAUUCUCUGGUCGAAGUGCCAGGAAAUAGUAGUGUGUGUUCGCCCGCCAAGAUGCCUGAAUGUUAAAUGAAUGUAAUGUUUAGUCCACAGAUGCUAACAUUUUAUGACAUUUUAAUGUAAGCAAAUCUGAAAACAUAUUUUGAUGUAUUGUCUUGGUAAAGGAAAGAAGCUUAUAUUUAUUGUAUUUUCGUACUGUGUUUUCCAGAAAUAUUGAUGUGGGCAUAUAACAUACCGUAUGAUACAAUACUAUAACAUGUUUAACUUGUAUCAAAAAAUAUAUUCAAUCUGUAGCUGAAAUCUGAGAUAUGUUGAACGGACAUUAUACACUCUAUGUGAAAACAUUUUUAACAUUCCGUUAAAGCUGGAAUGCUUAAUGGUGAAACCACCACGUCUGUUUGCGAUAUUAUAACAUGGUGGUGGGGCAGCCAGUGGCGCCGUUUCCCCUUAUUACAGAUUCAAUGUUUAAAAUAAAUAAUCUCCAGAAUCAAAAGGCAUAUAGUAAAAAAUAAUAAAAAACACUAGUGUAAUGCUUAUUAAAAAUACAUUUUCUAUAUUGUGCAUUUCCCUACAAAUGUCAGAUGUUUACAAUUUUCAAAGAAGGAAAAUGUUGCUGCUUUUAAAUAAUUAUUGAGGCUGAGUAUUGAACAAGCUCCAUUUUUUGAGAAUUAUCAUUUAACGCUGAUAAUUGAGUUCAUGAAUCAAAAAAGUAUUGACAUUGUUUCAUUGCUUUUCAUUUCAUUAAGUACGUUUGUAUGCUUACUUGUUACAGUUUUGCUUAUACAAAUGACCAGUAUUGCUUGCUGGCAUUUUCAAUUGUGUGAGGAAAUUACCUAAAAUAAGCCACUUUAUAAAAUUAUUUUGCAGGGGAUUUUCCUUGUAUUCUUACUGCAAGUGUUCAAUAGAUUAGUGCAACAAUAAAUACUGCGUAUGAAUACAUUUGUUCAAAAGUCUUUAUUGU